AAUGGUUAUAAAUAUAACCUAAUUGUCCCGAUUAAAUUAUAAUUUCUGUCAUAAAUUAAUUCAGUACAUACAUAAUACAAUAACUACAAAAAUGAUUUAUAAAUACUUCUUCAGUGUAUCUGUUGUAUUAGUAUUAGUCGUAAAAGACGUAUAUCCUAGCGUAUUGGAACAUGAUGGUUCGUUAUUUAUAAAAUUGGAGCAUUAUCUAGAUGAAAACAUAAGUGAACCAACUGAAAGAGGCAAUAUUUCAGUACAGAGUAUGAGAAUCGGACAAACUCAUGUGAAUCAAAAUCAAUUGACUCCACAAGAAUCAAAAUUAUUGAGUGGGUUAUCUUCUUCCAACCAAUUUUAUAAGAUAAGAGCGACUGUUAACGGAAAAGAAGAUAAACCUUAUAUAUCGUCUGUUAAAGCUUGUAUGCUAGCAGAAUCGGAAUUAGAUGACCGCUUGUCCAUAUCGUUAGAUUAUGCUGGAAGGGUUGUAGCCAUUUCUCAAAUUAUUGCAUCGAAAUCUUCUUGUGAAGGAGCAACUGUCCCCUUAGAAAAAUUGAAAUAUUUCACGAGCAAUGUUUAUGUAAGACAUGCAGAAAUGGGUCCAAUUCCUGAUACUGCUUCUUAUAUUCAAAGGUUAGAGAGAGAAAAAGAAGCCAAAGAAAGAGGUGAAGGAAAGGAUAACAGGUCCUUGUUUGCCAAAUAUUGGAUGUAUAUUAUCCCAGUUGUAAUAGUAUUAGUUAUUUCAUCAGCAACAAAUGCAGAAAAUGGUGGUGCUGGAGGAGCAAGUUAAAACUAUAUAAUUAAAUCAUAAUGCGUUUUGUUUGGGGCAUUAUAUUUAUCAUUGAAAAUUGAAUCGAUUUGAAUGUCGGUAGAAAUUAAUAAUAGACGUUCUAAAUGAAUCACAUACUCUAUUUCCUGUAUUGUCCAAAAUUGCAUUUUAUUCAAUUAUUACUUUCAUCACACAAUAGUUUCUCAUUCAAUUUUUAAUGUGUAGUACAAAAAGAUCAUUAAGGUUAAGAAUUCUUUGAUUUUUUUAUUUCUGAUUUUACCAAUUACACAAAAAAAGGUCAAUUGUCCAUUGUGAUUAGAGAGCAUUUACUUUACAGUGUACUGUACCAUGAUAUAAACUUUUCGAAUCUAUAUUAUAUUUUAGAUUCUAAUGUUUACCAUCAAACAAGACACAUUAAUUAUUCUGGUUUGUUUUAUAAUGGAAUGCUUGGACUAGAAGACAUGUAUUUAUCCAUUAUUAUGGCAAAUACUCUUGCUCUCAAACAGAGUGAUCUAUUAUGUAAUUUGAUUCGAACAUGUUCAUUGAUUAUUUGAUAAGAUGGAAGUAUAUGAUUAAAUUUCUGUAAAUAAA